AUGGCUGAUGGUGAGAUAGUCAAUCCUCAGGAUGUGUAUGACGUAGACGGCGUGGAUGAGCCCAUGCAUGGGGAGCCUCAAGUAAUCGCCGAAGAUUAUGAUCAGCUCGAAGACGAAGAAGAGGAAUUUGAAGACAUGGACAUAGAUGAUGAGGAAGAGAUUGGAGAGGUCGCCGAGGUAGGGUCCGAUGUGGAGAUAGGAGCUAAGGAAGAUGACGAGUUAGGUUUUUAUCUAGAUCCAGAGUUAGAGCUAGAUUCGGAGGACGAGAGGAUCGCAGCCGAGGAUGAGCGAGCACAAGCCAUGGAUUCGGAGGAGUCAGGCUCUAGCGAGGAUGCCUCCGAGGAGUUGCCAGAUGAUUCUACCGAGUCGUCCGACCCUGAUUGGGAGCCCUAG